AAUCAUGAACAAAAGUAGUAAAUACAACACCAUAUUAAGAUGCAUUUCUUGAUCAUAAGUAAUCAAAACGUUCGACUUUCUCGAUGGAAUAUUUGGCUGAGAUCAAUGGUUCACCCCUAAAGGGCACUUAAAUCCAAGAUGGCGCGGAUGAUGAAAGCCGGAAAGCUGAUCUCUGUGAUCGGCGAUGAAGACACCUGUACUGGGUUUCUGCUGGGAGGUAUCGGGGAGAUGAACAAGGAAAGAAAGCCCAACUUCCUGGUUGUGGAAAAAGACACCAGUGUAAGUGAGAUAGAGGAAACUUUCAAGAGUUUUGUGCAAAGAACUGACAUUGCUGUCAUCCUCAUCAACCAAAAUAUAGCAGAGCUGAUCCGCCAUGUGAUCGACGCUCACACGAACCCCAUUCCUGCUGUUCUGGAGAUUCCGUCCAAAGACCAUCCGUACGACGCCAGUAAGGAUUCCAUCCUCAGACGGGCAAAGGGCAUGUUCAACCCCGAUGAUUUCAGAUAAAGAGUCUGCAGACAUUCCUUUGAUGGUCUUAAGAUUGUUACUGUCUAACUUGCAAUGUAGUGUUAGGGGACCUUCUCUUUAGACUAUCAAUGUGAAGUAGUUACAAUAGAACUCACUGAGUAUUCAAUAAGAAAAGGAUAUUCCACAAAAGUGUAGAAGUGUUGU